CAUUCCAAGUUUUCGUAACCACCACGAUUGACGCGUGCUCCGCGAGUAAUCCCACCACCGAUCAAGAAUUGACAAUAUCAUUUUAUACGCAAAGAUAAAUGCCAAUAAUUAAGUUUCUCUACCAUCGAACCGACUUUUACACACGUAUUUCUCAUAAUCUCGCCAACUCCAACUAGAAAUAGGUAUACACGUUAGAGCGAUCAAACGGAAUAGUACCAACCCAUUUUUCAAUCGCACUAGUAGAGAAAAAAGUUCGCAGUAAGUGUAUAAUCUGUACGGAAUAUGUCUAACGCUUAUUAUUAGUGGUUAAUGAUAGGGAUGAGUUGUCAUUGACAAAGUGAAAGCGCGGGUGUAAACUAAGGUCGAAUCUGUCCUAGCAGUUCCCUUCGUAGUAAAAACGCCAAAGGUUUCGAUGUUUUUUAAUAUUCCACUCGUCUGAAACUCGAAACUCGACUAGCUGUGCUACCGCUGAAGAGGUCGGUUGGCUAGAGAUCCGAAAAACAACUUGUAACUGACAAGACCGCGUAGAAGUGUACGUCCGAAGAUUCGCCAAAAAUAUCAAAUAAAAUACGUCUCACUCGUCAAAAAUAUUUCAAGUAUUGUACUUUGGGUCUACGUGUCCUCGAAGCCAAUUCACGGAAUAUUUCUACCGCAGUAAAUCGCCAGGCGGAAUUUCGUCGCACGUAAUUUCGUUUAUUUGAAGUAGUGUUCAAAUAAAUCAUCAUGCAUAAGUGGAAAAGUUGUCCCCAAGUAUUUGCCGCUACAUCUGCGUCGCUGAUUCUGGUAGCCACCGGAUUUCACAUGGCUUGGCCGACUCCUUCGCUGGUGCAACUUUUUGCCGAUGAUUCGGAAAUCACGCUGACAACCGGUCAAGGUUCUUGGAUCGCGAGCAUGUCCCUGGUUGGUAGCGUGUUCGGAUCUCUCGCUGGUUUUUUUCUCAUAGAUAGCUGGGGGAGAAAAAAUACCUUGCUACUGAUGGCUGGUCCUCUAUUUGUUUCUUGCGUUCUCAUAGCUCUCGCUAAGAGUUACCGCUGGUUAUAUUUGGCAAGGUUUGAUUUACCGCCGGUUUUGGCAACGGCGGCGUAAUAUCGAGCAUCGCCAUUUACACGAGCGAAAUCGCCGAAGACAGAACAAGGGGAGGUUUGGGAAUAUUGGUGACCUUGAUGAUAAACAUCGGUUUCUUUAUACCGCUCACCGUCGGCCCGUGGGUGGACAUGAAAGUACUCGCGUCAAUCGGCGCUGUUAUUCCGAUCGUCAGCGCGGUACUUUUCGUAUGGGUUCCCGAAUCUCCUUAUUACUACGUCAUGAAACGG